AUGGAAUUAGUUUCAAUGAUUCAGAAGGCCAAUAAAGAGCUUGUUGAAGUUGCUCGAAGGAGUGAACCUUCAGUUUUGCGGGAAAGAUCAUUUGAGGGUCUGGCUGCCAACAACUGGAUGUCUGAAGUGAAAAAUGAAUUGUCAACUAGAUGUCCUGUU